GUAUGUAUUGCCAAGCCAUAGACAUUGGCCGUGUACAGCAGCCGAGGUGGCCCAAGCUCCCAAAGUGACUUUCAACUCCAACAAAUGGAGAAGCUCUGUCAUGCCACGAGAGCUGGUGAGCUCCAUCUUCACGUCUGCUCUGUUAUACCAGUUUCAAUGCGACAACAUUGCUUGAUCAAAGGAUCAUCACAUUGAUCUUAGCUGGACACUUCAAGAACACUACGCUAUCUUCACGCGUGACGUUAGAAGCUCAAGAUCUCUUCAAGAACCAAACCACUUGCAGUCCCGCAGGACUCUCUCGAACUAGACAAAUUCAAACACAUAUCGCCAUACCCAACCCCAUACACACCAAUCCAGUUACUUCCCACCACCUCCACCACCACCCACCAUGUCCAUCACCCCCUUCCGCCCCCACAUCGACAUCCGCUCCACCGAACGCCUCCACUCCAAACUCAAAGACAUCCGCGUCCCCACCCAAGAAAUCCUCCCCUCCGCCAACAAAGCCUACGGCGUCCCCCACAAAUGGGCCACCGAACUCUUCAAUUACUGGCAAAACACCUAUUCCUGGUCCGCAGCCGAAGGCCGCAUCAACCAAUUCGAACAUUUCACCACAGAAAUCGAACAAGUAAAUUUACAUUUCGUGCAUCAGAAAUCCAAAUCAGAUGAGAAUGCGAAAGCGAUCUUGUUAAUUCAUGGCUGGCCGGGAAGUUUUUAUGAGUUUUCUGAAGUUAUAAAACCAUUGGCGGAAGGUGAAGGGCAAAAAUUCCAUUGUGUGGUUCCUAGUUUGCCGGGUUUUUGCUUCUCUUCUGCUCCGCCGAGGAAAGGUUGGACGGUGAAGGAUACGGCGAGGAUUUUGGAUCAGUUGAUGCAGAGUUUGGGGUAUAAGGAGUAUGUCGUGCAAGCGGGAGAUUGGGGAGCUAUGGUGGCAAGGGAAUUGGGAGCCAAGUAUGCGGAGAGGUGUAAGGUGAUGCAUCUGAACUGGUGUCCUGGGGCGCUGCCGGAGGGAGUGCAGGAUGUUACGGAGAGGGAGAGUUGGUGUGAGGAGAGGAAGGGGAAUUGGAGGACGGAGCAUGUUGGAUACGCGGUUCUAAUGCGGACGCGGCCGCAAAGUCUGAGCUGGAUGUUGGAAGAUAAUCCCGUCGGCUUGAUGACUUUCAUAGGAGAAAAGUACGAAGAGGCCUCGAAUCCGGCAGUACAUUACACUCCCCAUUGGAUGGACCAUGUCCUCACAACGGUGUGCCUGUACUUCCACACCCGCUGCAUCGGUACCAGUGCGCUGCUGUAUUACGAAAACCCCAGACACGACCAGUUCGCAGCCUAUUGCGGCGCUCCGGAGAACGCAAUCAAAUGUCCAUUUGGCUACACGAGCAUGGGGUACGACACUUCUCCGAACAGCAAGCGAGCCGCGGGAGGUACGGGGAACCUUGUGUGGUACAAAGAACGAGACGAUGCCGGGCACUUUGCCUGUCUAGAGGCUCCGCAGGCCAUUGUAGAGGAUGUGAGAGAAGUUGUCGCGAAGUUUUGGAGUUAGUGAGAACAUGUCGUGAUCGCCGGAAGGGGCCGCGUUGAUCGAACAUGCGAGGAAAGUUCGAUAGAUGUGUCUUGGCGGCAGCAUGGCCAGUUUCGAGAAGGUCGAUCCUGUCCGUAGGGGUCAUAGCCGUCAGCUUACUGCAUUCUCGUGCCUUGGGCCGUGAAUAGUAGAAGCUUGUCUGUUGGGGCGAUGGGUUCGGAUCGGCUGAGGGAUGCA